CCUAGUGGGACGCCAUUUAAUCCUCUUCCAAGCGGCAUCCCACUCCUCAUCGCCAUUAGAGCAAGCUUCUUCGCUCCCUGCUCCGGCGAACAGUAACAAGAACUCCGGCGAACAGUGAUAUCCCGUUUUUUCUAGUAAAUACAGAAGUCCUAAUCCGGGCCCCCUUCUCACUGUAGGUUUCAAGGCUACGUUUGUUCUCUAAGGAUGGCGCCCUGUUCGUCAGAGGAUCCAUAUCCUACAGAGAUUUCAUUCCAUUGCCCAAACAAGCCAAGUUACCUUGAUACGGUGGAGGAGGUGGAUGAGGUUGAUUCUUCAGCCGACAGCGCUGGCCAAAUCGGAAGAGGGACUGCUUUCAAUAGCUCGAUCUCUGAAGCCAGGACUCUGAGCAUCGUAAAUGUUGAGCGCGACCCUAGUGGAUCAGUAAGAAGGCACCGCCGUGGGGCUAUGCUAGACGAGAGAGCUGCAAGUGCUGAAAGAGUUACAGCACUUGAAAGUGCUUUUAGAGGAUUUGCUGAGAGGAAAAGCGACGAAGUGCUGUACCCAGUGAUUGGGUUAACUUUUGAUUCAAUUGGUGAAUCAUACGACUAUUACAACUUGUUUUCAUGGGAGUGUGGUUUUGGUAUCCGUUAUGGCAAAAGUCGGCUUAAUGUCAAGGGAUCUAAGUGCAUGCAAGAGUUGCUGUGCAAUUGUUCAGGCAAACCGACGAAGGAGAACAGUAGUUCAUCGCGGACAGAGUGUGCGGCAAUGAUAAGGUUGCUUCGAACCGACGACAACGCUUGGUACAUAUGUGAGUUCAGGGCAACACACAACCACCUGAUGCUAAAAACAUGUGCACAGAAGUUGCAUUUUCCAUCUCACAGGCACAUAGACAAGUACACUCGUGAGCUUGUAUUGCAGUUGAGAGAAAACAAUGUCAAUCUCAGCAAAGUUUACAGCAUAAUAGGGACAUUUUUUGGUAGAAUCGAGAACGUACCGUUUACAAAAAGGUGUCUUCGAACACUUUGUGGUAAAAUAAGCCGCGACCAGGCAGAUGAGGAUGUCAGGAAAACAAUGGAUCUUUUCUCUGAUCUCAAAGAUAAGGAUCCUGAGUUUGACUAUUCGGUUAGAGUAGACGGAGAUAGCAGAAUCAGGACAUUGAUGUGGACCAACGGUAGUAGUAAGCUCCAGUACCACCAUUUUGGCGAUGUUAUAACUUUUGACACCACAUAUCACACGAAUUUGUAUGACAUGCCAUUUGGGUUGUUUGUCGGGGUAAACAAUCAUUUCCAAACUGUCAUUUUUGCUGGUGUUCUAAUGAGGGAUGAGAAGGUUGAAAGCUUCAACUGGGUGUUCAGAGAAUUCGUGAAGAUGAUGGGUGGGAAGGUCCCAGUAACUGUUCUAACUGACCAAGCUAGGGCAAUGGAGGUUGCAAUUGGUCAGGUGUGGCCAGACAUAACGCACAGGUGGUGCAAAUGGCAUGUCAUGAAGAAAGCGAAGGAGAGUUUAGGGGUUCACUAUCACAAAAGGAGUGAGUUCAGGAUAGAAUUUCACAAGCUUGUUCAGGACAUGUUGACUGUCAAGGAGUUUGAAGACGCAUGGCAGGCUCUUGUUAAGAAGCACGGGCUUGAAACAAAUACAUUCCUCAUACAGAUAUACGAGGUUAGGCAUAAAUGGGCAAAGCCUUUUUUCGCUGGAAAGUUUUGUGCAAAGCAGACCAGCACCCAAAGAAGCGAGAGUGCAAACCAUAUGUUGAAGAACUACAUUCCACCUGGCUGCCCUAUGAACCUAUUCGUAAGGCAGUACAGCAAGCUUCUUUUUGAUCGAGACCAGGAGGAGGGGUUCCAGGAAAAGAGAACUAUAUUGGGUGGAUCCAUUCUUAAAGUAAACAUACCGAUCGAGAAGCAUGCAAGCAAGAUUUACACAAGAACAAUGUUUGAGAUGUUUGGAUCUUUCCUGUUUGCUGCCGGAUCGUAUAAUGUGGAGGAACUAAUUCCCAGACGAAAAUAUGUCGCCACACAUAUCAAUGCGGCGAAAAGAGAGAGAUACCUGAAGUCAGUUUUUGAAAUUGAGCUGUCGCCCGAAGGGGAUUUCUUCAGCUGUGAGUGUGGGUUAUUUGAACACAUGGGGAUGGUCUGCUGUCACAUUAUAAAGGUAAUGUCUGAGCUAAGGCUAAGCGAGAUACCUAAGAGGCACAUAAUGAAGAGGUGGACUGUGGAAGCUAGAGAUAUUCUACCUGAUCAUUUGCGGCACUACCAGAAGGACGUCGGCCUUCACGAAACACAUACAUUCAGGCAUUCUAAAAUGUACAUUGCAGCUCUGGAGUUAGUCAAGAUGGGUGAUAUGAACGUUUCUGCCUACGAUGCUGUGAUGACAUGUUUGAUUGAGGGGAAGCAUAAGGUUACCCCACUAUGCGGUAACACUGAUGGUAUGAGUAUUGUUGAGAAAGAAGCUAGCAUAGCUAGGUCUAAUUGCCAGAGCCAACAGAGGGCUGAUUCAAAUGUACACAGCAUUGCAAAAUCAAAUGGAGUUAGUAGAGGCCGCGAUGUCUCGGAUGCACAGGCAGAAGCUGAGUUUCGCUCAGCAAAUAUAUCGAGAGACAAGGCCAAACAGGCCAUGUCUGAAGGGUCCUGUGUAAAUGGAGGCGAACAAAGCUCAGAGUCCUUGAAUGACGUUUACUCUCCUGAUAGGAGCCACUACGAAUUGUCUGCACCUCCUGGUAAAAAACGCCGUGGUCACCCAACUACUGCACGAGACAAACCUCCUUAUGAGCAGAAGGAUAAGAGAUCCAGAUUUUGUAAGAUAUGCAGGGGUAAGGGUCACAAAUGCACAACCUGUCCAAUGAGAGGUGAUUUACCGGUGAAGCCAAGACAGGUUGCAAGGUGCAGCAACUGUGGGCUGCCUGGACAUAGGAAAACUAGCUGUGUUAAGCCAAUGUUUUUCCCAGGUUAGGUAUUUUCACAGUAGAAGUGUCUACUGAUGUAUGUUUAUUUAUAAAGUUUUAAGUACGCGAGGAUUGUUUGGGUAAUUUACUUCUGAAACUGCUGGAUUGUAAAAGACUACCUACUAUUUUUAUUCAUGUGAGAUGCUCUAAAACAAA